AUGGAUGCUAACCAGGUAAGCGAACACUUCUCUUGUUGUACUGCGAAUAGUUUCAUCAUUUAAGCACAAAAAUAUUUGAUUUUUGGUUGUUGACACAAGUCAAAUAUUAUCGACACGUUUAAGAAAAGACAAAUUUGAACAAAUUAUUUUGUAUUUGCAAGUACUUAAGAGUAUACCUCAUAAUAGUGACAUUAUCCUUCAAUUUAUGGAUAAACAACUGUAAUAAGUAAUAUUUAUGGAUAAACAACUGUAACAACUAUCAAUAAACUAUUGACAUUUGGCGCAUUUAAUUAUGAGCAAUAUAGUGUUCUUAUAUUCUAGCCUGCUGGUUUUAGAAAAGCCUCAAUAGAGGUUUAAUUCGAAAUAUCUGUGCAGAGUACCAACUCGGACAGACCAUUAGCUUUCAGUUAAAAUACACCCAACUGACUUACACUACACAGUCUAAUUGACUGUUCCAUCCCGCAGGUACAAGCCUCGCAGGUGGCGACAGCUGUCCAGGGUACCAGCUCGGACAGAACAUCACUUACUGAUGAAAUUUGCACCUUGGUCGCUGAUCAGGUUGCUAGUUCGAUUCAGAACACCUUGCCAAGGCUUCUCCAAGAAGCAUUUGCAGCUGCUGCACCACCACAGCUGCCAAACCCUGCACAGGCGUUAGUGAAUGAAGGUGAACCACAACCUGAAACAUCUCAAUUAAACAGUCGGCUUGCCAAGUAUUAUAUUGAGACUAAGGAAACUGUUUUAUCUGAAGAAAUUGCAACCUUCUUGAGCACAGCUUUCACCAAGCGUCUUUCAAAAGACGUUUGGUCAGAUCUUAUGAAAAAGUAUCCUCCAAUAAAAGGGAUGGAGGAAGUGCUUGUUGCUCCUACAAUGGAAACAGGUACAAGAACAAGGGCAAAUAAUGUUAGCCAAUCAGUGCGUUUGUUUACAUUUUGCGUUCUUGACCAAUCAGAAUGCCUGAAAUUCGAAACAUGUAAACAAAAAGAGUAAGAAAAUAACACCUUGUUCUACUCCCUCGGUGACAUUCGAUAUUAAACUUUUUUCGCCAAAACUGACAAAUUCUGCUAAAGCAUGCUUUCUGCUUUAAUUUGCUCGGGGGGAUUUUUUAAAUUCGAUCUAGAACGCGAAAUAUUUAUGUUUGAAUAACAGUGUUUCGACGCGCGUAAAAUAGCAGACUCUCACUUGCACUAUCUUUACACACACAUAAAAAAUUGGUAGAUUUGGCAGUUUAAACUUAUUUUCCCCACACCACAGCUGACAUGUUUUUAAAUAUUACCCAUCUGAUCUCAUCCAUCUCAUUUGCAUCGGAAAUGCGUCACAACGAUCCAGGACUGACAAGUACAAUAUCGCAUGACUCAUUACUGUACAUUAAAAGUACAUAUCCGGUUGGCAAAAUGGCGAUUGUCUGACAGACCUUCGCGAAGGGCUUAAUAUUUUUGCUAAUAAACUGUUCACAAGGGUUUCGUUCUGUUCGUCUUCUGGUUCGUCGUCAAUCGUCAUCGGCUGCCUCACUUCUUGGUCGCUUUCGUCCCCCCCCAAAGCAAGUCGCCGGAGCAAACAGCGUUAGUAUUUGCCAUCUUUCCAAGAGCUUCAACGUUGCUUUACAAACUGGGCUAUCGCUGAUGUUGGGCAGGAUGCAUUUGAUGUGGAUGAAGGUGCACAACCACGGAAAACGUUCCAAGUGGAUUAACCUUUUUGCAGGCAGGCAAAUCGCAAAUCGAUGGAAAUUUUAAAGGAAGAUUUGUAUUUUAUAUGUACAGAUCUUGAUACAUUUAUAGUCAGUACGUCCUUGGAAAUUGUUCCAAAAUAUGAGUGUGUACCAAAGUUAAAAUAUUACUCAAUCUCUAGAACAUGUUUGAAUGUUUUGAAUCACUGCAGUUUAGAAUUAGCAGUCCUUUAACUCUUUUAAAGACAACAGAACUGGCAGCCAUGGCACCCCAUAACUAUUUAGUGUACAAUACUAGUCAAUGUAAUUAAUUACUACCUCCCCCAACCCAGAAGUAGGCAGUUCUUACUUCUCAGCACUGUCACUAUCUGUAAAUAUCUGUGUGUAAAUAUCUGGUUUUGUCUCGGUGACCCUGCUUUGCCCCACACUUUGGGAUUUGAGCAGGCAGGGAUUUAUAUUGUCUGGUAUUGGUACAUAGUUUACCAUAAUCACAGGAUAUUAUUGAAAGAUUUCCCUACCAAUUCACUGCCUUAAAAGCAUUAUAUUAUUUGCUCUGUGUGUGUGUUACUUUAAGUGUACUCUGGUUCCAGAGGCUCUUUGCGAGGCGAAAGAAACAAGAUGCGAGAACGGAGAGCCUCUGGUCACAUCAGGGCCGUAUCACCAGGGGGCAGUAAGGCUUAUAUGUUGAAAAAAGUUCCAAAUAUCCAAAGAAUAAUUAAUAAUGACAUUCUAAAAAUUGUAAAUAUAGUUUUCUUUAGGAGGGCAGUUUCCCCCUCCUGCCGCCCCCUCCCCUGUGCUGUGUACAGCCCAGGGUCACUGUCCAUUGCGAAUCCCACUUCCACACUUGAUUAGGUUCAGCAUUUGAAUUUCGCAUGUGAUUGCCCAUUUGUAAAAAUAUGCCAAACUGGCUUGGGGAAUAAACAUUGCUGUAAGCUAAUUAUAGCCUGUAUUAAAAUAUUCUAUUAAACUCAACCAAGAAUGUAUUACAUGUCCUGCAAAACUGAGAAAUUUAAUACCUUUUCACCUGUGGGAGUAUUAAUAUUCAUGCUUGGUUGAGUUUACUAUAAUAGCUUGGGGCUUUUUAAUUGGGGCUUCGGUGGCCAAGUGGUUAGCGCACUUGCCUGUCACCUCUGAGGCCGUAGGUUCAAGUCAGUGAGAACUUUCUCAAUGCAACUCAAACCCAGUCCUCAUGUGAAAAGAAUAAACCGCAACGCUCUGCCAAACGUCACAGGUUUUCCCCGGGUACUCCAGUUUCCUCCCACAUGGAAAGUUGACAGGGUGGGUUGGGUAAAAAGGGCUCACAGUAAUUGGCAUAUGCUGUUGUGGUGACCCGGCCCUAUUUGGCAUGCUAAAUAGAUAGAUAGCUAUAAUUAGCUCACAGUAGUGUUUAUUUCCCAAACAGGUUUGACAUAUUUUUACAAAUGGCCAAUCACAUGCGAGAUUCAAAUUCUGAACCUAUUCAAGUGUGGAAGUGGGAUUUGCAAUUGAUAUGAUCAGAGGCUUUCCAUUCUCACCUCUUGUUUCUUUUACUUUGCAAAGAACCAGGGUACACUUAAAAGUAACACACAGGCAGCAAGUGCUGCAAUUCAACUAAGGGCCUGUUUAUAUGCAGGAAGCCGGGCUGGCCUGCUUAGCGAGACAGGCAGGUGGGAUGAAUUUCUCUUGUGUUUAUAUGAGAAAAUUUCAUCCGGCUUGCUGGUUUUGACAGUUGUUAAAAAUAGCUUGCGGUGGUAUCUUUCAUCCCAGCAACUGGGCUAGCCCACUUGUGAGUGUUUAUAUGGAGAAAUUUCCACCCCGGUAAGCGAGAUCUCACCUCUUUUCAAGUGAGAUCUCACCUCUUUUCAAGUGAGAUCUCGGCAACCUGGCCAGCCCACUUGUCCAUAUAAACGCACAAUAAUUUUUACUAUAAAAAUAACUACACAGCGAGAUCUCACUUACCGGGCUGUCUCACUUAGCGGGCCAGCCCGGCUUCCAUAUAAACAGGACCUAAGUACCAGUCAAUAUAAGUCCCCGCUUGCUUGAAUCUAGGAAGUCUGGGGUUCAUGGGGCAAAGCAGGGCCACUGAGACAAAGCCAGGCAUUUAUACAAUCCAGCAAUUUUGAUUAUGCAGUGCUGGGAAAUAAAAACAGCCUACUUCUGGGUUGGGGGAGGUGGUAAUUUACAUUGUCUGGAAUUGUACACUGAAUAGUUAUGGGGUGCCAUGGCUGCCAGUUCUGUUGUCUUUAAAACGACUGCUAAUUCUAAACUGCAGUGAUUCAAAACAUUGUCCAAACAUGUUCUGGAGAUUAUGAGUAAUAUUUUAACUUUGGCACACACUCAUAUUUUGGAACAAUCACCAAGGACGCUGACUAUAAAUGUAUCAAGAUCUGUAAAUAUAAAAUAUAAAUCUUACCUGCGAUUUGCCUGCCUGCGAAAAGCUUAAUCCACUUGGAACGUUUUCUGUGGUUGUGAACCUACGUUCCACAUCGAAUGCAUCCUGCCCAACAUCAGCGAUUGCCCAGUUUGUGAAGCAACAACGUUGGCAAAUGUUGAAGCUCUUGGAAGGUCUUCGAAAGACAGCAAAUAUUACGCUGAUUGCCCAGGUGACUUGCUUUGAAGAGGACGAAAGUGACCAAGAAAGUGAGGCAGCCGAUGACGAUUGAUGACGAACCAGAAGACGAAACAGAACGAAACCCUCAUGAAUAGUUUAUUAGCAAAAAUAUUAAGCCCUUCGCGAAGGUCUGUCAGACAAUCGCCAUUUUGCCAACCGGAUAUGUACUUUUAAUGUACAGUAAUGAGUCAUGCGAUAUUGUACCUGUCAGUCCUGGAUCGUUGUGACGCAUUUCCGAUGCGAAAUGAGAUGGAUGAGAUCAGAUAGGUAAUAUUUAAAAACAUGUCAGCUGUGGUGUGGGGAAAAUAAGUUUAAACUGCCAAAUCUACCAUUUUUUAUGUGUGUGUAAAGAUAGUGCAAAUGAGAGUCUGCUAUUUUACGCGCGUCGAAACACUGUUAUUCAAACAUAAAUAUUUCGCGUUCUAGAUCGAAUUUUAAAAAUCCCCCAAGGAAAUUAAAGCAGAAAGCAUGCUUUAGCAGAAUUUGUCAGUUUUGGCAAAAAAAGUUUAAUAUCGAAUGUCACCGAGGGCGUAGAACAAGGUGUUAUUUUCUCACUCCUUUUGUUUACAUGUUUCGAAUUUCAGGCAUUCUGAUUGGUCAAGAACGCAAAAUGUAAACAAACGCACUGAUUGGCUAACAUUAUUUGCCCUUGUUAGGUACAAGAGAAUACAUCAAACAAAAGUUUGGUUAUCACAAAACCAAAGAGGUUUUCACAUCAGGUGAUGGCCUCGUUGAGAAGCAAGCCCCUUUCCUGGCUGUUGCACGACCUAUUGCUGCAGCGUUAGACCUCCUGGAAGGCCCCCUAAGUCCUGACAAGAGCGAAGGCCCAGACCCAGAUGAAAUAAAGGCAUACUUAGAAGAUGCCCUUGUCCUACUGGGCAAUGCCAACUUUCGAUUAAAUGCAUGGCGCCAAAAGCGUUUUGGAGAAUUUCUAACUGAUGUUGGCAAGCAAAUUUUAAAAGAUGAUAUAAAUAUCUCUUUCCUGACAAAUUUCACCAAGUCGUUCAGAGCGAACAUGAUCAUUCGCAGACAAAUUCCAAAGUCAUUGCAGCUCCCUCCAAGCCACAAUUCCGCAAAGCUACAUCAACACAGCCCUUUCGUGCCUUCUCUGGUCCCAGUGCUGGUACCAGUGGUCCACGUUCCUGGGGAAAGCGUAAAUGGUCCUACAAGUCCCCAGGGAACCAAAAAGCAGAUUUCAGUAGCUUCUCGUCAAGGAAAAAACCUUCCCUAAGCGACCAAGGGCUUCCAAUGAGCCCGGCAACCCCAACCACAGCUUACUAUAUGAUCCCUCGACUAAACAUGAUAACUUUACCAGAACAGCAGACAGCAGGUCGACUGAAACAUUUUAUAGAAAAUUGGAAGAUAAUAACUUCAGACGGAUCAGUCUUGGAGACAGUGAGGGGAUAUCGAAUUCCCCUGAUUUCGAAACCUCAUCAAUGGCGCGAGCGAGUGACCAAGGCCAGAUCCUUGGAACAACAAUUGUUACUAUCCCAGGCCAUAUCGGAUCUGGUUUCGAAGGGAGGCAGUACAUCAGGUUGUGGAACAGGAGGACCAGUUCCUUUCAACCUUGUUCAUAGUACAGCAGGUGAACAAGAACCGACCAGUUUUCAACCUGAAGACAUUGAACAAAUAUGUCCACACAGAAAAGUUCAAACUAGAAAGUUUGGACCUAGUAAAAACAAUGUUGAAACCGAACGACUUUCUAAUGAAACUGGACCUGAAGGAUGCAUAUUACUUGGUACCAGUAGCAGUGGAACACAGGAAGUACCUUCGAUUUCAUUUUCAAGAUGUGACCUACGAGUUCCAGUGUUUACCCUUCGGUCUAUCAUCAGAACCCUGAGCCUUCACGAAACUGGUCAAGCCAGUUAUUGCAAUCCUGAGAAUAUCUGGCAUACAAGUAGUGAUAUAUUUGGAUGACCUAUUGCUCUUCCACCAGGAUCCAAUAGAGUUACAGACAAUCUUCAAGAUUGUAAUCACCCUACUCACCGACCUCGGUUUUAUCAUCAAACUCGAGAAGUGCUCACCAUCACCAAUGCAAGCAAUCAUCUUUCUGGGGGCCCAGCUGAACUCGAUGGACAUGACAAUAGCUGUUCCUCUGGAGAAACUUUGCCUCAUACAGUUGGAGUGCAAAGAGAUCCUGACCAGGGGGUGUUGCUCCAUGCUGGAACUUUCAGCAUUGCUGGGUCGAAUGAAUCAGACUGCCCGAAUUGGAAUUUGGGAAGCACCCUUGCACUAUCGAGCCCUUCAACGGAUGUUCAUUGCGGCUAUACACAGGAAAGGUCACUUCACACGAUCAAAACGGUUCCAGAUUCCUCUAACGAACGAAGCAUCCUCAGAACUCAAGUGGUGGUCUUUGGAGCAACUAAAUCAAGUCAACCGGAUGGUGUUGAACCCUCCAGAAAUCGACAUGAUAAUAUCGACAGACGCCUCCAAGAAAGGUUGGGGGGGGGGGGAGUUUUCUGGGCCAAAGGACGGGUGGUCAAUGGCGGAAGGAAGAAGAUGCCCGCAUCAAUGUGUUGGAAUUGAGGGCAGCUCACCUUGCCAUUCAGGCAUUUGUCAAGGGCACCAUGCAUCCAUGCCAUAUUCAGGUGCUUAUGGACAAUUCCACGGCAGUGUCCUAUAUAAACAAGCGAGGGGGGACACAUUUACCAACUCUAGCAUAUCUGGUAUUAGAGAUAUGGAACUUCUGCAUAUCUCGGGAGAUAUGGAUUACAGCGAGACGUGUUCCUGGGGUGACGAACACCGAAGCAGAUUUUGCAUCAAGGAACUUCAACAACAGAACGGAAUGGACUCUGAACAAGAGAGUAUUCCAAAUGAUAACCAGGAGGUUCUACACCCCAGAGGUGGAUCUAUUUGCAUGUCGAAUCAACAACCAAGAUACCCAGGGUCAGUAGCAACAGAUGCUUUUCUCCAGCACUGGGGACAGUGGACGGUGUUCAUACACACUCCAAUAGGUGCACUUGCCAUGGAUUUUGCAGAAAUUACGACAGGACCAAGCAACGGGACUGGUGAUAGCCCCAACCUGGCCAGGACAGCCAUGGUUCCCAGCCCUCCUGGAGCUACUAGUGGAUUUUCCAGCUCAGUUACUAAUAGCAGAGGGAACAAUCUUCGUACCAUUCGAACAACAAGCAAUACAUCCAAUGUGGAAAACCCUCCGACUAGCUGUAUGGCCGCUGUCAGGUCUCAUCUGCAAACAACAGGCCUUUCACCAGAGGUGUGCAAAAUUUUGUUGGCCUCCUGGCGAACAAGCACUCAGAAGAGAUACGAAGGACCCUGGCAACAGCUCCUGUAGCAGAUGUUUUAGAUUUUCUAUCUGAACAAUUUAAUCUCGCUCACAGAAGAGUGGGUGUAUACAAAGCAUGUAUCUCACAGAUGCAUGAUCCAAUUGAUGGCUUGCAGCUUGGUAGCCUACCCCUGGUAUCACGCUUCAUGAAAGGUAUCUUCCAACUACGACCCGCAACUCCUCGAAUUUGAACGACUUGGCAAGUGGGUCCUGUACUGCGAUAUUUGUCGUCCCUAGAACCUGUAGAGCAACUUCCCCUGAAAGUUCUGAGUUUGAAGCUAACCACUCUACUGGCAUUGACCUCAGCUGCAAGGGCUCAUGAAAUUGCCUUCACCUCGAUCAUCUUUCAAAGAAAGUUGACAGUUGUGAGUUCAUUAUUCACACUCACGUAAAAAAUUCGAGGCCAUAUCAUCCUCCUCGGAAGAUAUUCCUGGGACGUUAUCAACAAGAUUGCUCCAUUUGUGUUGUGAGGUGUUUGGAACAUUAUCUCCAACGCACCAGUAACCACAGACGGUACAAGGAACUUUUACUGUCCUAUGUCAAUCCAUACAGACCUGUAGGAAGUCAAACCAUAUCAAGAUCGAUAUGCACAUUGAUUCGGUUAGCUGGAGUGGAUGUCUGCUACACAGGACAUUCUACCAGAGCUGGAUCAACUUCGGAAGUGGUCGACAACGGAGUGCCUCUAGAAGUCGUUUUGGAGGCUGCAGACUGGUCCUCAGCACAAACAUUUGAGAAACAUUACCACAAAAGAGCUGAUAAAGCUCGAUUUGCUCACAAGGUACUUGAGGCUGUUAACAAUUAAGAUACUUGUUAUGGACAAUCAAGGUAUUAUAUAAAACUUGUAUUCUUACAGUGGUAGCAUGCACUGUGAUUUAUAUUGUUGGGUUAAAAAUAACUGUUUACUUUUGAGUGCUUCAAUAGUGAUGACAACAUGAUUUACAUAGCUAUCUUUGUAUAUCUGCACCAGUAUUACAAGUAUCAGUCGGAGAAGGUACGAAGGAGAAAUAAAAUUUCCCCGGAGGGUAAGGUACUUACCUGAAGGGGAGAUGUAGUUCUCCAAGGACCUUUGGAGACUGAUAGGAGCAAUACUGGUCCCCUACCAUGGUGGAUUGCCAAGUCCACCCCUCCCAGCUAUGUAAGAUCAUACAAACCUCAGCAGUCAACUCAAUAAGAGGAUGGUUAGUGCGCAUGUCAAAAAAUUUGUGGGUUCCAGACCUCUGCUGGCCGCAGAUCUGCACCAGUAUUGCUCCUAUCAGUCUCCGAAGGUCCUCGGAGAACUACAUCCCCCCUUCAGGUAAGUACCUUAUCCUCCGGGAAAAUUUUAUUUCCAUUCUAAUACUAUUGGGGUUACAGAAACUAAAAUUACAAAUUCAAAUCAACGAUGAUAUUUCUGGUUAUAUUUUUGAACACGCACUUACACCUCUUGCUUCGGGAGGUGCUGGAAUGUUUAUAGAUGAAACAUUAAAUUAUCAUGUUCUAGAACGAUUUUCAAAUGAAGCAUUUCAAGCUGUGUGGAUCCAGAUAUCUUUUGAGAAGGAAAAGAAUAUUAUUUGUGGAAUUAUUUACAGGCAACACAAAUCACCCGAGCAUUUUUAA